CAAAGAUGGCGGGAGCCUCCGACCCACUGGAGGACAUGCUCUUCAAUGAGGUGGACGAGAAAGCCGUUAGCGACUUGGUCGGCUCUCUGGAAUCUCAACUGGGCGACCGAAAGACUCCCGCUGCUUCGUAUUCCGACGGAAAACGGGAGGCAGCUCCGGCCGCCGUGGGUCAGUUCUCAGGGAAAGUGCGCGAUCAAGUGGGGUCUGUGGAGCCGCAACAAGGGCAUCCGAAAGCGGGGUUAACCCAGGAACCCGGCGCUAAUGAGCCUCUCUCCGUUCAAACCCUUUCCUCCUCUACCUCCUCCAUCGCUGCCGGGGCCGUAAUCACCGCCGGAGCUGGGCUACAAACAGUUGGAGCAGCUCCCCCGACUGCUUCCCCCGGACCGGGACCCGUAACUUUGACCACUCAGCCCGCCGCUGCUAGCUUCCACCGGGCGGCUGUCCUGGGUCCGAGCGCGGCUCCCAGCUCCUCCAUCGUCCCCGCGGCUGAGGCGAUCAGGACCGGGUCUCCCGGACUGCAAAGUUUAAACGGAAACGGCGGAGCUGUAAAGUUGGUGAACUCGCCCGCGGUCCCUCCACCAGCCGGGGCCAGCACUGUUAUAAGUACUGUCAGUGCUGGGGGGUCCGCUAUCAUCGCCUCCAUGGCUUCACAGCCGAGUUUCCCGGUACCUCAGUCCUCAGUGGCGUCUCCCGCUGUGGCUUUGCAGAGACACCCCAGCCCGGUGGCCAGCGUCGCCCAGAACGGGGUAGACCCUAAGGGUGGCCAGCUGGUGACCCAGGGUGCCCCCUCCCCAUCAGCUUCCACCUCUCAGGUCAUGAACCACAGCAACCCUCUGAUGCACACCAAGAUGCUGGUGCCCAGCCAGCCGGUCUCUGGAAACACUGUCAUCCUGACGAGCACCCCCCCUCCAGCUGCAGCCCAAUCCCCCAUCAGCCAGACUCAGACUGGGACCAGUACGGCCGCCGUCACCCUGGCUGCUGCAGGGGUGAAGCCUGCGAUGAACGGAGUGGGUCAGCCCGCAGUGGCUGUGGUGAGGCCGCCGGGCGCUCCGGUGGUGGCCACCUCCAUCCAGCAGCAGAGACCCGGGCUCGUGGCGAGCUCCACCCGGGCGGCUGCUCCUCAGCUUCCUCUGGCUGUCCGGCCCCAGCAGCAGACCACCAUCCAGCUGCCCCCCGGGUUCACCAUGCCUCCUGGUAUGGUUCUGGUCCGGACAGAGACCGGUCAGCUGGUGAUGGUCCCCCAGCAGGUCCUGGCCCAGGCUCAGGCCAAGACACAGCAGGCCCAGACGGUGGCCAGCAUCACCCAGAGACCAGCGACGCCGACGGCCGGGGCCACCAUCCGGGUCAGCACCGCCACCACGGCUCCUGGUACACCUCAGACCGUCCGCCUGGCCUCCCCCGCUCCCACCAGAAUGGUUCAGGCUCCCUCCACCACCACUGUCCAGAAGGCCAUCACCGUGGCCCCCGGCACUACGGCGGUGUCGGUGAAGAUGACGACCCCUCAGAAGGCCCCGACGGUGAUAACAGCGGGGGGGACGACCGUGGCCAAGUCAGCCGGUGUCACGUCCGCCCCCCUGACCAGCACGACCCCCGCCGCUCCCGCAGUCACGCCCCCCGCCAGAGUCACCGUGGUUUCCCAGGAAAUGCAAGAAAACGUGAAGAAAUGCAAGAACUUCCUCGCCACGCUCAUCAAGCUGGCGUCCCACAACUCGCCCUCCCCAGAUACCUCCAAGAAUGUGAAGGCCCUGGUGCAGGACCUACUCGAUGCUAAGAUUGAGCCUGAGGAGUUCACCACUCGGCUGCAGGCUGAGCUGAAGUCCUCCCCACAGCCCUACCUCAUCCCCUUCCUCAAGAAAAGCCUCCCCGCCCUGCGUCAGUCUCUGCUCAACAGCCAGCAGUCUCUGAUGACGGCCACCCCCAGCACCUCUGCGCCCCCCCCUGCCGCCCCCGGCUCCGUCACCACCACCGCCAUCAGACCGCGGCUGCCCAUCAGUCCGGCCACCGGCACCGUCAGACUGAACACGCCGCUCACGACCACAACGGCUCUGGCCGUGGGCAGACCAGGAGUCCAGACCGUUCAGACCCGUACACCUGUCGUCAUCAGUCAGAACCUCAGACCUCAAGGUGCGCUCGUCAGAGGACCCACGACCAUCAUCGGCAAAAGUCUCGUCAACCUGUCCGCUCAAGCCAAUCAGAAGAAGCUGAGUGACCCAGGGGGCGGGACAUUCAGAGAUGACGAUGACAUCAACGACGUGGCGUCCAUGGCCGGCGUCAACCUUAACGAGGAGAACGCCCGUAUCCUAGCAACCAGCUCGGAGCUAGUGGGCACAAAGAUCCGCUCCUGUAAAGACGAGUCCUUCCUGCCCACCGGGCUGCUGCACCGCCGCAUCCUGGACACAGCUAAGAAGCUGGGGGUGACCGAGGUUCCUCUGGAGGUCGUCAACUUCAUCUCCCACGCGACUCAGUCCAGACUGCGCUCCCUGCUGGAGAAGGUUUCAGCCGUUGCUCAGCAUCGUGCAGACGGAGGGAAGGAUGAAGAGCAUCACGAACCGACGUCAGACGUUCGCUCUCAGCUUCGUUUCUUCGAGCAGCUGGAGCGAAUGGAGAAACAGAGGAAAGACGAGCAGGAGAGAGAGAUGCUGCUGAAGGCUGCCAAGAGUCGCGCCAGACAAGAAGAUCCAGAGCAGGCUCGCCUGAAGCAGAAGGCCAAGGAGAUGCAGCAGCAGGAGUUGGCUCAGAUGAGACAACGAGACGCCAACCUCACGGCCCUCGCCGCCAUCGGGCCGCGCAAGAAACGCAAGCUGGACUCACCGGGAGGAGCUGCGGCCGGCACAGAGGUGGCCUCAGGUUCGGGUGCCGGCUCCUCGGCGGCGGGCUCGUCCCGGCAGCAGCUCCGUCAGCGGAUCACACGCGUUAACCUCAGGGACUUCAUCUUCUGUCUGGAGCAGGACCGCACCACGGCGCGCUCCCUCAUGCUCUACAAGGCUCUGCUGAAAUGAGGAGUGGACCCGCUGCAGACCACGAACUGCAUCACCCUUCACCUCCUCCUCCAGUCCUCACAUCCUCAGAGUCCGCCUCCUUCACCCCCCCCCCUUCAGUCCCUGCAGCUCCUUUUAAUCUUUUGGCUUCUAGUUUUACAUCUUCGUCAUGUUGUUUUGAAACCGUGUCUCAUUUUAGUUCCUGCAGGUGUCGACUCUGAGACUGAACUCCACACCUCAGCUUCAGUUCAUGUACUGUACCUGUCCUGUGAGGACCGGGUCUCACCUGAGGAUCCGGUCUGAACAGAAGUGAUCCGCGUCCGUCGUACAGGUCUGAACCACUGUGCUGAGCUCGCCACCGUCUCUGCUGAUCGACAGGAUCAAUGAGGUUUUUGUCUCCAGGUGAAACCGGAUCCAGAUCCACAGAACAGCUGGACUGGAUCAAAUCAGAGUCAGUGUGGGCUUUUAUUCUGGUGAAUUAGCAGCUGCUCUGCCAACAGUGUCGGGGGGGGGGGGCAGCUCACACAGACACAGGUGUCUUCAUCAUCGAUUCAUUGAUUAACAUUAGAACGAAUGUGAAUAAAACUGAUGGAAGAGAAACAGGAAGUUCUCACAGCGGAGAACCUGGAACCAUCAGAACAUUUGUCUGCUCUGCUUUAAAAUCACUAAUAAUUCAGUCAUAAAAAAGUUGCCAAUUAAUUUUCCUUCGAUUGACUAAUUAAUUGAUCAUUGAUUAAAUUAUUCCAGCUCUACUCUGAAAAUCUGGAGUGACUCAGACAAUAAGCUGCUGCUCUCCGUCCAAUCAGAGCUCAGCUCUGUCAGGACGACUUGUGAUUGGUCACAGGUUGACCAGGUGGUCGGUGUGAUCAGGUUUUUAAAGAACCACAGAUCUGUCUUUUAUUCCAUGUUCUUCUUUGUCAAAAGCUGCUGCCUCCAUUACCCACAGUGCACCUGGACCACCGACAGUCAGGUGGUAGAGUGCUGUGUUAUUCUAGCAGCAGCUGAUGUAUCCUGGAGCCUGCAGCAGAGAAGGGGCGGGGGCUGUUUUCAGACCUGCAUUAGUGGGGGGGGGGCGCACAGCAGGACUCAGCACAGUGGUUCACAGGGUUUCACAGGUGAUGGCGGCGGCGGCUGUUUCACGUUGAGUUGUGACAUCGCGUGUCAAACAGAAACACAGCAUUCACUAAAUACACCUCGCUCACAUGUGAUUGGCCGAUGCAGCGCCCCGUCAGGUGACAUCGUCCUGAGCUGCAGCUAGGACUGAUUGGAGACACUGAGCCGGGAAACACCUGAGUCCAGCUGUAACCGGACAACAGGCACAGGUGUGAGACCAGCUGUGAGACCAGGUGUGGUCCCUGAGUGUUCUGGUCUGUCUCUGUCUGGUCUGACUCCAGCUCUGUACCUGUGCAGGUGCCUUCCAGUCCACAUCCACCCGAACCCCGUCAUCGUCUGUCCGUCUCGUGUUCGUAGCCCCGCCCCCCUCAGGACUCCGGGCUCCUCGUUUUAAGUUUUUAAAGUUUUCAGAUCACGCUGCAACCCGUGAGGUUGUUCACUCACCGUCACGUCACUUCCUGUCAUUUCCCGCCGCUUCACAGUGGAGCAGCGAGUUUAUCAAGCAUCGUGUCGUCAUGGGAACUUGAAGCGCGAGAACUGUGAAGCUGCAGCGGUGAGAGAACAGCUGGUCGACCAUUUUAAUGUGUGUGUGUGUGUGUGUGUGUGUGUGUGUGUGUGUGUGAUCAUGUUGACGCUCACAGGUUUCAAAGGUUAAAGCAACAGUUCAACAUUUAAAUUCUUCUCUGAGUUCGACGUUCAGACAGAUUCAUGUCACUUUAACGACGCGUCAGUGAACGUCACAUGAAGCAGGAAGUGACAUCACCGUCACUUUCAAUGAGCAGUUUCUCCUGCAGCCUCGCAGGUGAUGAGGUCAUGACUGAAACUAGUGAUUCAUCAAUGAUCAUGUGGUCUGUGACAUCACUGACGCUCACAGCUGAUCUGUAACUUGAUAUUUAAAGUGACGUGAACGACUGUUGGUUCAUUACGUCGUCCACGCAGACGAUAACGAGCAACUUCCUGUCUCGGGUUUGACAUGUCCGAGCCCCGGUUGCCGUGGAGACGAGAGGAUCAGCCUGAACGUGUGACUCAGAGAUGGAGAUGGAUGUAAAUGUUGAAUCAUCAGGAGCUGGUUCUCCUCCAGAAACUCACUCAGGCUGCGUUCAAGAAGGUUAGAGAACGUUCACAACAAACAUUCCUGCAGUUUCCCUUCCUCCUCCUCUUCCUCAUCUUCCUCCUCCUCCUCUUCCUCUCUCCUCCGUCUCUUCCUCCUCCUCCUCUUCCUCUCUCCGCCUCCUCUUCUUUCUCUCUCCGCCUCCUCUUCCUCUUUCCUCCUCUCUGCCGCCUCCUCUUUCCCCCUCUUCCUCAUCUUCCUCCUCCUCUUCCUUGCUCCUCUCUCCGCCUCCUCCUCUUUCCCCCUCUUCCUCAUCUUCCUCCUCCUCCUCUUUCCUCCUCCUCUCUCCGCCUCCUCCUCUUCCUCCUCCUCUCUCUGCCUCCUCCUCCGUCUUUCCUCCUCCUCUUUCCCCCUCUUCCUCAUCCUCCUCCUCCUCCUCUCUCUCCGCCUCCUCCUCUUUCCCCCUCUUCCUCAUCUUCCUCCUCCUCCUCUUUCCUCCUCCUCUCUCCGCCUCCUCCUCUUCCUCCUCCUCCUCUCUCUGCCUCCUCCUCCUCUUUCCUCCUCCUCUUUCCCCCUCUUCCUCAUCCUCUUCCUCCUCCUCUCUCUGCCUCCUCCUCCUCUUUCCUCCUCCUCUUUCCCCCUCUUCCUCAUCCUCCUCCUCGUAUUUCCUCCUCCUCUUCCUCACCCCCCCCCCGGCCGGUGUGUGAUUUACCUUGUAUCUCUGAGACGUCUGACUCGACCUCGUGCUGUUGAACAUUUGAAUAUUUGAAGAUGAUGAUGAUGAAGAUGCAGUCUGGCUUCACAGUUUUUAGAGGGUGCGUUCACAGAAGGUUUUUAACGCUUUAAGUGUCUCUGGUUUCUCCUGGGUUGUAUAGUCUAUAGGUCUAACUGCUAACUGAAGCUGUGCUGUAUGUACUGUAUAUUCAGAUCCGCCUCUCAUCUGUUGGAAGGACGAUUUUUGCGACUAUUUAUAUUUCCUACAUUCUGAACUCGAUCCUGACGCAUUUCAGGCCAAUGCAAUUUUACAGUUGUUUGUACCUUUGCAAAAAAAUGAAAUAAAGAAAAUGAUAAAGAA